AUGGACAGGUGAGUGCUACGUCUAGGCUCAGAAUGAGACUGACACAGUGGCAUACUUCCAGGUAUGUCAGAAUCGAAAAAAUCGGCGAAGGUGCUCUCCAAACACGCUCGCAUUAUCUCGCUCACUCCACCAGGAACCUAUGGCGUCGUCUACAAGGCCCGCGACACUGAAACCAACACUAUCGUCGCGUUGAAGAAGAUUCGGUUGGAGGCAGAGGACGAGGGAGUGCCGAGUACUGCUAUCAGAGAGAUUAGUCUCCUCAAGGAGCUCGUGAACGACAACAUCGUACGGCUGUUCAACAUCGUGCAUGCUGACCAGAAAUUGUUCUUGGUCUUCGAGUAUCUCGAAAUGGACCUUAAGCGCUUUAUGGAGCACGCCUCCCAGUCAGGCACGCCACUGAAGGCUUCCCUCGUAAAGAAAUUCACGUAUCAACUGAACCUCGGCCUUGUCUACUGCCACUCGCGUCGUAUUCUCCAUCGUGAUUUGAAGCCACAGAAUCUUCUCAUCGACAGACAGAACAACCUAAAGCUUGCAGAUUUUGGUCUCGCGCGUGCAUUUGGCCUGCCAAUGCGGACAUACACGCAUGAAGUCGUCACUCUUUGGUAUCGUGCUCCAGAAGUUCUACUUGGCUCUCGACACUACGCAACCGGCAUCGACCUUUGGUCCGUUGGUUGCAUUUAUGCAGAAAUGGCCAUGAAUGGUCAGCCACUCUUCCCAGGCGACUCUGAGAUCGACCAAAUAUUCAAAAUAUUCAAAAUUCUCGGAACACCGAAUGAAGAAAGCUGGCCAGGGGUCCAACAACUAUCCGAUUUUAAGAGCACAUUCCCUCAGUGGUCUCCCCAAGUCCUCGAAACAGUCGUUAGUCAGCUAGAUACUAGUGGGAUCGACCUUUUAGCAGCGAUGCUGACCUACAACCCUGCCAAACGCAUCUCAGCCAAACGCGCGUUGAUUCAUCCCUACUUUGCCGAUUAUGUGGCCAGUUGCGCCUGA